ACGCAGUAUUGCAAAGUGUUAAGACUUGCAAGACUUUUCAACACGGGAACAGACACAACAAUUUUUCGGAUUAAAAUUUCAAGUUGUUACAUUUUUGGAGUUGCUGCUCUGUUUGUAGCGGGAUCACGAAUUCCGGGACUCCAGGCCCCCAUGCUGUAGGUUUUUGGCUCUGAAAACCCACUGGAAAGAGAUGGAGAGCGAAAAGAUACUGAUGGCUGCAGGAGUGACGGUGGCCGCCGUUGUUGGUGCGUUUGUUUUUUGGGGUCCCUCGGGUUCCCGGUUGCGCCAACGACGGGGUCAAAUCGCCGGGCUCCACAACUUUGGGCGCACCUGUUUCUUGAACACCUUGCUCCAGGCGAUGGCCGCCUGUCCCCAGUUCAUUGCCUGGCUGCAGUUGUACAAUAAUGCCUCACCAGAUCGCCGGAGCCUAAUUACCUCCAUGUUGAACACCUUGGAAGUGAUAAAUGGCACGCAUGCCACCCUGCGCGGGGAUCCCCAUUCCCCAGGCGCGGUGCUGAGGGCUCUGAAUGCUCUGGGUUGGGUCAUCCCUCAGGAGGAGCACGACGCCCACGAGCUGUUUCAUGUGCUACUGUCCUCCCUCGAGGAGGAGGCGAUUCGACCACAACCUUUGGGCUGUUUGUCGGACGCUCUGCCUAGCGAAAACGAUGAAACCAGCAGCUUUGCGGGCUCAGCCACUCCAUUGGGAGGCUUCCGGCCUAUUAGCUCCAUGGCAGCUGGCCUGGGAGCCAGUCAGAGGAUCGGGGACCAGCCCAAUAGACCAUCCAGUGCCAUGCUUACCGAUUUCCUGAACAUGGAGUACGAUGAAAGUACUAAUUUGCAGCGAUUGGUGCGUUCCGAGGCUCAUACGCCGGAUUCACCGGCCUCGGUUUGCGAACGCGAGGGCAACGACCGCUUGGGAUCGCUGCUCCUGGACGCUGUUUCACCUGGGACGCCCUUUGGCUUUCCGCUGGCCAGUGAGCUAGAGUCUUCCUUGGCCACGCCCACGCCCACGUUGGGUGGAGAGCGGUUGUCGCGUUCGCGUCUUCCGGAAUCUCAAGAGGAAGCCUUGAAUCGCCGGGUCUCCAGUUCUUGUCGAUCACUGGAGCGUCUGCACCGAGGACCUGGCCGGGUGUCCAUCUGGUCAAACAUGAUGCCCAGCCAGGUGGCGCAUCCGUUUCAGGGCGCCAUGGGCGCACAAAUCGUUUGUAAUGGCUGCGGCUCCAAGUCAGCGGUGCGGUAUGAUAAGUUCGAUAGCAUCACCUUGAACCUUCCGCCGCAGCGCAGGACGGGCUUGAGUUUGGGCCAUCUGCUUAGCGAUUACAUUACAUCCGAAGACUUGACCGAUGUGAAGUGCGAUUCCUGCAAUGAGACGACCACGCAUACCAAGUCCGUCACGUUUGCUAAGCUGCCGGCCUGCCUGUGCAUCCAUGUGGCGAGGACGGUCUGGCUGCCAACUGGACAGGUGUGCAAGCGACAGGACUACGUGCACUUCCCCGAGAGCCUCUCUAUGGCGCCUUAUAGCUUUGUCCAGCCCCAUCUAAACAGCCAGGCUGGCACUCCGUGGGGCUCCACGAUGUCGCUAUAUUCCUCCAGCCUGCCGAUGAACAAUGGCGUGGGCGGCGGUGAGGGCUUCGGCACGAUGUUCCCCAAGAACUUGUACCGCCUGCUGGCCGUGGUGGUGCACUCGGGCGAGGCAAAUAGCGGUCACUUCGUUACUUACCGGCGGGGCUCGCUGCGGAAUGCACAUCGAUGGUUCUAUACAUCCGAUACGAUUGUGCGGGAGGUGAGCAUCGACGAGGUUUUGAGCGUGCCCGCAUACCUGCUGUUUUACGAUCGCGGACAGCAAAGGCAAUUAAACCUGCGUUAGUCUGGCGAAGGAUUCCUACCUUUGGAGCCAGGAUUAUCGGGAGCACCCUAGUCAACACUUGAUGUGAUGGAAGUAAACAUCCUCAUUGUCGAACAGUGGCCAUAGCGGAUACGAGUCACAUUUAUAUAGACAUAUAUUACUCAUAUAUGAACGGAACCCAAGAUCGAUCCUUAAUCGGCGGGUCAUGUAAUGGUCUCUGCAUAUUGCAUACUGCAUGUUGCAUCACUCAGAACUCUACUCUUCAUUUGUUAUCGAUGCAUUUAAGAAUUUUUAAGAAUUCCAAAUUCAUUUUGUGCUUUUAGCUGUCUGUAUUUAGCAAUAUAAACACUUACAUAUGUAAAUCUGUCAAUGAUUGUUUGCGCGUUAUUUUGGUAGGUUAGAUGUUCAAUAAAAAUUUGGAAAGUAAA